AUUCGCACCUUCGCAGUCAUCCUCACCUGAGCGCAGGAAGCAGUUGGCAGACAUGAAGACGUCGUCGUCCGUGACCGUGCUGGCUGUGAUGCUGCUCCUGCGGGCCUCCUGCGGCCACGCCGCCGAGGCUCCAGAGGGGACAGAGGACGGCCCCAAGGAUGAACAGGGGGAAGCAGAGGAGGUGGAAGAAGAGGCCGAGGAGGAGAAGACGACCGAGAUCAAGGAGGAGAAAAACGUGAUGGUUCUACACGCCAACAACUUUGCCACCGCGCUCAACCAGACCAAGUUUUUACUGGUGGAAUUCUAUGCUCCGUGGUGUGGUCACUGCAAGAAGCUGGCGCCGAUCUACGCUGAAGCUGCAAGACAGCUGAAGCUGGAGGAAGCAGACAUACGUUUGGCCAAAGUGGACGCCACCGAGGAGACGGCGCUGGCCGAAGAGUUUGGCAUCGGCAACUUCCCCGUCCUGAAAGUUUUCAUCAACGGCGACCGCAAGCAGCCCGUGGACUUCACGGGUAAGAGGACAGUAACAGGAAUAAUCCAGUGGUUGAAGCGUCGAACAGGCCCCGGUGCUGCCGUCCUUGACUCAGCCAAAUCUGCCGCCCACUUCAUCGAUUUCCACAACAUCUCUGUUGUCGGAUUCUUCCACUCGCUGGAAAGCGAGACUGCCAAGGAGUUCUCCGAGGUUGUCAUGGAGAUGACCGACACAGAGUUUGGCAUCACAGCGUCUCCGGAGGUUUUCCAGAAGUAUGAACUGAAGUCUGAAACAGUGGUGCUCUUCAAGAAGUUUGAUGAUGGCAGGGCAGACUUCGUCCUGCCGGAAGACGCCGAGUUGGACAAAAGCAAACUGACCAGCUUCAUCAAAGAGAACAGCCUGGAGCUCAUCAUCCCCUUCACUCAGGAGAAGGGAGAGAAUAUCUUCUCAUCCAGCAUUCACUUUCACUGUUUGCUCUUCAUCAACUCCACCGUGGACAGCCACAAAGAUCUGGUAGACCAAGUCAGGACCAUCGCCAAGACCUUUAAGGGCAAGAUGCUGUUCAUCACCAUCGACGUGACGGCUCCGCUGUCGUUCGUUUUGGACUUUUUUGACGUGACGGCGGACAAAGCCCCCACAGCUCGCCUGAUGAACAUGAACACGGGGAAGAAGUUCAGAGCCGAUGAGGAGGAUCUCGUGAGCUUGUUGCCACGGUUGUGUCAGGAGGUCCUGGACGGCAAGGCUGAGCCUUACUAUCGCAGUCAAGACGUCCCUGAUGACUGGGAUAAAGAACCCGUUAAAGUCCUGGUGGCGAAGAAUUUCAAGUCAGUCGCUCUGGACCCAACCAAAAACGUCUUUGUGGAGUUUUAUGCUCCAUGGUGCGGACACUGCAAGCAGCUGGCCCCCAUCUGGGAACAGCUGGCGGAGAAGUACGCCGACCGCGACGACAUCGUCAUCGCCAAGAUCGAUGCCACCGCCAAUGAGGUGGAAUCGUUUACUGUCACCGGAUUCCCCACGCUCAAAUACUUCCCGGUUGGCGACAAAGACGUGGUGGACUACAAGGGAAACCGUGACCUGGAGACAUUGUCCAAGUUUUUGGACAAUGCUGGAGUUUUCCUAGACGAAGACGAUGAUGACGACGAAGAUGAUGACGAUGAUGACGAUUAUGAUGAUGAUGAUGAUGAUGAUGACGAUGGGAAUGAUGACGGGAAUGAUGGAGAUGAUAAGGAUGGCGAUGGUGGAACGGAAGCGGAGGAGAAACCCAACAACACGAUGUCCAGGAAAACUGAGCUGUAAUGACUUUUUGCUUUUCUUUGUUUUUUUUCCCAUCAAUAAAUGUAAUUCCAACAACACAAAUAACCUUGAAAAUUGUCACUACCUGAAGUCUGACACAUAA